CCUGUUUUUUUUUUUUUCCUCCUUUCCCUUACUGCCAUUCCGUUUCAGCUUACUUUCCUCGUCCACAUUUUUCCUUUCGCUCUCUUCACGUCCCUCUUCCUCUCUUUCUUUCCGACACCCCCACCUUCACUCUCCUCUCCCAUCCCUCCCCACCACCUGCACCCCACCCAGCCCCGAACAAAGCCUGCCGGGGGAGCACAGCGGCACCGCCUUUGUCCGCGCUGCAGUGCUGGGGACGCUCACCAGGCGGCAGCUCCGCUCCGCCCUCCGCAGCAGCGCAUCUCCGCUCCCCCCUCCCCCCGUUCCGCCCCCGGGGGCGUGGAGCCGCUGCCGGUUCCCCCCGGGCUACAAAUAGGCGGCGCCGGAGCCUCGCCGGCUUCAGUGCGAGGAAGGGAGAGAAGCGGUGCUGCUUAUCGGCGGUCCUUCCGACCCCUUUCGUGCUGCUGCUGUCGGCUGGAAGGGUUUGACUUUAAAGCGGAAGGGGAAAAACUGAUCUUCUUAAUUUAUUGUGGCCGCGGAGCAGCGCAAAAAGACCUUUGUUUUAACCAUGCCCAUGGAGCUGACGCAGAGCCGCAUCCAGAAGAUCUGGCUGCCCAAUGACAACCACCCGGCGCUGCCCCGCCGCUCCUGUGGGCCACAACUUGCCAAUUCUCCCACUGUGAUAGUGAUGGUUGGCCUCCCAGCCCGGGGGAAGACUUACAUCUCUAAGAAGCUGACUCGCUAUCUCAACUGGAUUGGUGUCCCAACAAAAGUUUUCAAUGUGGGGGAAUAUCGCCGUGAGGCAGUGAAGCAUUACAGCUCCUAUGACUUCUUUCGCCCCGACAACGAAGAGGCUAUGAAAGUCAGGAGGCAGUGUGCUCUGGCUGCCCUGAGGGAUGUUAAGCUGUACCUGACGGAGGAGGCUGGCCAGAUUGCGGUUUUUGAUGCCACAAAUACCACACGGGAGAGGAGAGGGAUGAUCCUAAAUUUUGCCAAGGAAAAUGGGUUCAAGGUGUUCUUCAUCGAAUCUGUCUGCAAUGAUCCCAAUGUUGUUGCCACCAAUGUCAUGGAAGUAAAACUGUCCAGUCCUGAUUACCGGGACUGUAAUUCGACCGAUGCAAUGGAGGACUUCAUGAAAAGAAUCAAUUGUUACCAGGCCAGCUACCAGCCACUUGACCCUGAUGACUAUGACCGGGAGCUUUCUCUCAUCAAAGUCAUCGAUGUUGGCCGGCGGUUCCUGGUCAACAGGGUUCAGGAUCACAUCCAAAGCAGGAUUGUUUACUACCUAAUGAACAUCCAUGUCCAGCCCCGCACCAUUUAUCUUUGUCGGCACGGUGAGAGUGAGUUCAACCUCAAGGGGAAGAUUGGAGGUGACUCGGGCCUCUCCAACAGGGGCAAGAAGUUUGCACAGGCACUGAACAAAUUUGUUGAGGAGCAGAACCUGAAGGACCUCAAAGUCUGGACCAGCCAACUAAAGAGAACAAUCCAAACAGCAGAAGCACUCCAGCUGCCCUAUGAGCAGUGGAAGGCCCUCAAUGAAAUAGAUGCUGGUGUGUGUGAAGAAAUGACUUAUGAAGAAAUCAGGGACCAGCAUCCAGAGGAAUUUGCUUUACGUGAUCAGGAUAAAUAUUACUACCGUUACCCUUCUGGAGAGUCCUACCAAGAUCUGGUGCAGCGCCUGGAGCCAGUCAUCAUGGAGCUGGAGAGACAAGAGAAUGUCCUUGUGAUCUGUCACCAGGCUGUCAUGCGCUGUCUCCUUGCUUACUUCCUGGACAAGAGUGCAGAUGAAAUGCCCUACCUGAAAUGUCCUCUUCACACGGUACUGAAGUUGACCCCAGUGGCUUAUGGCUGCCGUGUGGAAUCCAUCUCCCUGAAUAUUGAAGCUGUGAACACUCACAGGGAGCGGCCAGAGGAAGCAAAGAAGGGACCUAACCCGCUCAUGAGACGUAAUAGCGUUACCCCUCUAGCAAGCCCAGAGCCCAUCAAAAAGCCUCGCAUCAACAGCUUUGAGGAGCAUGUGGCUGUUUCUUCCGCCUUGCCAGGCUGUGUUCCUCAGGAAGUGCCCACGCAGCUGCCGGGACAAAACAUGAACAACUCGCAGAAGCCGUCGUGAGUCCCUUAGUGCUGUCACGAGGCCACCAGCGACGCCAGCUCCCAUCCCAUCGUCAUUUCUGAAGCUUGCUUGUAAAACAGGUCUCCUCCGUUUGUGGUGAGGUCGACCCUCGGCUGUUUCUACCCACGCCUGUUCAUCUGCAAACUGCUCUGCUGAAGGGGGGAGAGAAGUGGGAGAGCGAUGGAGAGGAGGGAGACGAGCUCCCAGGUCUUCAGGCUGCAGCCUUGCUCUCCUCCCUGGUGUCCUGCUAGUGUGUAGCAAGCUGGGAAGCGCUUCUAGCGCACAGGAGUUUCCAAGUUCUAAUUUUUCCUUCUAAGCGGUUUUGAGCUCUUUUUGUAUAGACUAAUGGUACCCAUCCGACUUUGGGUGGAGUGUGUGUAUAUAUGUGAAUGGUGCGGGGUUAGCAGAGUAAUGGGGACGUGAA